UGUGUCUGUAUGGUUCUAGUGUUUCGCUACGCACCACUGCGAUGAAGUCACCGCCACCUUACAAAACGAACGAAGAUCAGAGCAGCCGUAGUUCACCGAAUUGUGCAAGAUGCAGGAACCAUGAUAUUCUACAAACACUUAAGGGUCAUAAACGGUAUUGCAAAUUCAUUAAUUGUACUUGUCCCAAGUGCCAGUUGACCGUAGAGAGACGAAAGGUGAUGGCAUACUCUACAGCAAUCCGGAGAGCUGAGAAUCAAGAUCGUGAUAGACUUAAGAAAGGCUUACCUACUACUAGCCAAGGACUUUCCACAAGAGGUGGCUGCAUGAUCGAGAAAGAAAUUCCCAAGUUACUAGCUGAUUCUUCACAUUUUAAGGAUCCUUCUACCACUUUAUGUCAGAAUCUUUCUUCAAAUCCAUGUGAAAACAGCAAGUACGUAUGGAACUCUAUUCUUCUUCUACUUGACAUGUGUAGACUCCCACUCAACACCUCCCCGCUACUGUACAUCGUAUUGACAAAACUAAAUUCAGAUCCUAAAGAAGUAUAUCGUUAUUUUUUAGAAGCUGAAGAUAAACUAAAAAUGAUCUGUCAUUUUAAGGAAGAGUCUCAAAUACAACCAGCUCCCUUAGAUCAGCUAAGUCCAUGGGCUCUUUAUUAUUCUUCUGUUAUAUCUUCUGCUAUUUCCCAGUCAAACACUCUUUGCAACCAGGAUAUCAACCACUACUAUCCAUCUGCUUCUAACCUUAACAUGAAUCCAUUUGAUUGCUAUCCUUAUCAGAUUCUCUCUUCUUACAAGUCUGACAAUCUCCAAGGUACGGAUAAUCUAGCGUAUUCAACUCCCCUGGCUGAUAAGACUUUCUCUUCUGCUGUGGCACCUCCUAUUGAAUAUAACUAUAAUUAGUGUAGAUAAACUUACACUGCAUCAUACCUUUAUUAUUGUGUCACUUUUAAAAUACCAUAAUGUUCAAUUUUGAAGUCAAGGUUUAGCUUUGAUCAUUUAACUUUUCUCAUUUUAAAGUUUACAAAUAUAAUUGUAAUACAUAUACUUACACCAUAUUUGAAGAUAAUGGACAUAAUUAAAACGUGUAGUGUUAAUGUAAUGUGCACUAUAAAUUCAAUAAUUGGUAUUAUACUAGUAAAAAUGUAAGAGAUUAUGAAAAUAUUUUGUUAUUCAUAAGUUUUACUCUAAAAAUAUUAAUGAAAUGUAAAAAAUGUAUUAAAAUAAAUGUAGUAACAGUUUGUGCUAAAAUUAGUAAUACAACUUUAAACUUAAAACAGAACUGUACAGCAAGAAAGCACUUAAAUAUAUAUUUUUAUUGUAUAAAAGAAAUGUUGUU